AUGGGUGAUAAUGGUAGUCAGCAACAACAACAACAACAACAACAUCUAUACACUUUUCAACAACAACAACAACAACAACAACAGUUUCAUCAAAAUGAAACAAUAUAUCAACAACUACAAUCUCAAUUCUAUAAUAACACAAAUGGUUUGAUCAAUCAAUCAAGUCCUAGACUUGCAAGUAAUUUUGAGCAACUUUAUUCUCCAACUACUUUGCAACCAAGUUCACUUUCACCGCCACCAUCAUCUUCUUCUUCUUCCUCCUCUUCGACAACACAACAGUCACCACUAUUAAUAUCACAACUGGCUCAGUUGAGUCAACAAAUCAAUUCUAAUUCAUCAUCUCCUUCAAUCACUUCAUUAACCUCUCCAACUAAUAAUUCAUUAUUGCCAUCAUCGUCAUACACGUUGCCAUCUAUAUUGAUUAAUAACUCAUUUGGUAGUUUAUCAACGCAAUCAUCAUCUCUAUUUGUAUCAUCUUCAUCAUCAUCGACGACGACGGCAACGACCCAACAUAACACAGCCAUUCCUCUGCCUUUGACAAAUAAUUCUCAUAAUGAAAAGGAACCAACUAAACGAUUCAAAAAGAGUGGUAGUGGCACUAAUAUCAAACAUCUAUCAUCUAGUGGUAGUUCUGUCUCAUUGACCUCUUCUUCAUCUCAACUAUUUAAUGAUAAUCAAAAUAACAAUAUUAAUAAUAAUAAUACUGUAGUCACUGGUCUAGUGAUAUCACCUCCAACAAGAUCAAUUAAUAAUAAUAAUAAUAAUAAUAAUAUUUCACAAACUAUUUCACCAGUUCUUGGAUGUGUUGUUGGUGGUGGCGGUGGUGUUGGUGGACCAACAUCACCUUUAUCAUCUCCUGUACUAUGUGAUAGACCAUCCAUCUUUGGACAAGAAAUUAUUAUUGAAUCUAAAAAGACACAAUCUUUUCAUUUCGAUCAUCAUAAUCAUCAUCAUCACCAUCAUCAUCAACAACAACCAACAAAAAUAACUGAUCCCAUUAUUCCUACUUCUUAUCAUCAAUGUUCUAUUCCACUUUCAAACUCUGCUGGUGGUGGUGGAGUAGGAGUAGGAGUUGGAGUUGGUUCAUAUACACCAUUUGAAACAAAUAAUAAUAAUAAUUUAAAUAAUUUAUACAAUGAAUUGAUUAAUAUAAGGACAUCAAAUAUUUUAUCAAACAACUUUAAUAAUAAUCAAAAUAAUCAAAAUAGUUUAGAGAAUGAAAAAAGGUUUCCAGUUAUUGAUAUGAGUAAUAGUGGAAGUACACCAUUUAUUCCAAAUAUUUCUUCAUCUUCAUCUACUCUAUUUCAACUAUCCAAUUCAUCAUCAACCAUCUCACCAUUUCAAUCUUUACAACAACAAUUUAAUAAUUUAAAUCACCAAAUAUUACAACAAACCUCUCAAGAUUCUCUUUUAUACCCUCCAUCAACAAGUGUAUGGGCAUCUGAAUACUACUCUUUUCUUAAAAAACAACCAUUUCCACAACAACAGUCAUAUUCCACUGAUAUGUUUCUUGGUGAUUAUUCAUUUAAAGAGUUGGAAUUGUUUUUCCCAUUGUAUGCAAAAACACCGAUACGAAUAGCAUUACAUGAAGAAGAGGUUAUAAUGAUGGUUCAAGAUAAUGGUAGUGAUCAAAUGAUUGCAUCAAUACAUGAUGCACCAAGUUGGCUUGCCAUUCUACUCGAAAAAAGAUAUAUCACUGUAAAAGGAGAGAUUGAUCAUCUAUCAAAUAUUGCCUAUUGUAAAAUUUACAAUUCUCAACUAGUUGAAAAGGAUCUUGUCUCAAACAAAGAUCAUAUUUUAGUUAAAUCUUGGUGUCAAAUGGCAAUUGAUAUUGGUAUUAAUAUUUCUAUAAUUGAAAAUCAACAAACUAAUAAUAAUCAAAAUAUUCAUAAUAAUAAUAAUAAUCAAAAUAAUAAUAUUAUAUUAAAUUCAUCAUCGUCAACAACAAAUAUAAAAUUAAAUACAUCAUUUAAUAAUAGUAUGGAUUUUAUAAAUGUUUCAUCACCAUUGAAUACAUCAACCAAUGCAACAAUGAGUAAUCUAGAUUUUUUAUCAUCAUCAAGAUUACUUAAUCCAUCGUCAUCAACAACAUCAACAGGUCAACAACCAAACACAUUGAAUAGAUCGUCUGGUGGCGAUGUAUUAAACAAAUCAAUGGAUUCUAUCUUUAAACAAAAGAUUGAAGACUUUUUAAAUAAUAUAUUGACCGAAGAAAUGGACACUCCUGUUGGACUCAAACUACAACUACGAAACUACCAAAAACAGGCGCUUCAUUGGAUGAAUACUAGAGAGAGAGCAGAAUUGUCUGAUCCACCCACGCUGGCCGAUCUAGACUCUAUGAGGAAUGACCUUACAUUUGUUUGGGGUGGAUUACUAUGUGAUGAUAUGGGUAUGGGUAAAACAAUUGAAAUUUUAUCAAUCAUCUUAUCAAAUAGGUAUAUUCCUCCUUCUCCUCCUCCUCCUCCUCUUAUUGUUUCAGAUCAACAAGAACAACAACAACAAAAAGAUUUAUGUUUGACAUAUCAAACAAAGACAACAUUAAUUAUAUGUCCAGUAUCAGUUUUACAACAAUGGUACAAUGAAAUAACCUCACAUACAGAACCAUCAUUAAAUGUUUAUAUAUAUCAUGGACCUGGUCGUAAUAGAGAUACAAGAUUCCUAUCGACAUUUGAUGUUGUCAUUUCAACAUACACUACUCUAUCUGCAGAGUAUCCAGAUGAACAAGAUGACGACACUUCAUCGUCUACCAUUAUAUCACCAUCAAGUUUUUCACUAUCACCUCUAAUGCCUCCCAAUUCAUCAUCAUCUUUGUCUCCCACCAUCCAACAACCGCAACAACAACAACCGCAACAACAAACCAAUACGUCUCCAGUUUCUGUACAAAAGAAACGUAAAAGAAUUAAAAAACAGGAUCAAAAUGGAUUAUUAAAUGUUAGAUGGUUUAGAGUUGUAUUGGAUGAAGCUCAUACAAUCAAAGAAAGAUUGACACGUACCUCAAAAGCAGCUUGUGCACUUGAAAGUCAAAUUAGAUGGUGUGUUACUGGCACACCAAUCCAAAACAAAUUGGAUGAUCUUUUCUCACUUAUUCAAUUCCUCCGAGUUGAACCAUAUUCAAAUUAUUAUUGGUGGAAUCAAUAUAUUAUGAAACCAAGUAAAAAUCGUGAUGAAAAGGGUUUUUCAAGAUUAAGAAUAUUAUUAUCAAAAAUAUUAUUAAGAAGAGUAAAAGAUCAAAAAUUAAAUAAUCAACCAAUUUUGAAUUUACCAGACAAGGUAAUAACAGUAAAGGAAGAUGAAUUUGGUGAAGAAGAACAACAAAUUUAUAAACAACUUUGGAAUGCAUCAAAGAGAAAGUUUAUAAACUAUUAUAAAAAUGGAACACUCAUGAAAAACUAUGCUCACAUUUUAGAGUUGCUAUUGCGUCUUAGACAAGUUUGUGAUCAUCCAUCGCUCAUCAAAAAUAUUAUGCAAAAGAAUCUAUUUGACGACGAUGAACAAAAGUCAAUCAUCGACGACGCAAAUCAUCAAUUGGUUUUGGAAAUGUUAAAAUCGGAAAACUAUAUCCUACCAACAGAAAUUGGUGAGAAACUUAAAACAAUCUUUGGCAAGGAUAUUGAAGAUCAAGAAUGUAUAUUGUGUAUGGAAUCAUUAGAUAAUCCUUGUUUAACCUCCUGUGGUCAUAUAUUUUGUCAUGGUUGUAUAACUAAACAUUUUGAAGAAAAUGGAUCGAUAACUGAUCAAAACUAUUUACCACCAUCAAUUAAUUUAAAAGAAUCAAUGCUUAUGGUUCCAAUUUCACCAAGAAUUGAACAAAAUAAUCAACAACAAAAUAUUAAUAAUAAUAACAGUUUAACAACUAUUACAACUUCAACUACGACAAUAACGACAACAAAUAAUAAUAAUAAUAAUAAUAAUAAUAAUAAUAAUAAUAAUAAUAAUAAUAAUAAUAAUAAUGGUACAAAAUGUCCAACAUGCAAACAAAUAAUAAUACAAGAGAAUUUAAAAUCGGUUUCAUUUAAAUCAACAUCUCAACAAAACAACUUUUUAGAAUCAACUUCUUCUUCCUCUUCUUCAUCUUCAUCUUCAUCAUCUACAUCAUCACCAUCAGAUAAUUUUAUAUUAAGAUCAUCAUAUUCGCUAACAAAAAUGACAACAGAUAAUUGGAAGAGUAGUACAAAGGUAGAUUCAUUGAUGAGUGAAUUGGAUAAAGUUCAUAGAAAAGAUUCAGAUGCCAAAUCAUUGGUAUUUUCACAAUGGACUAGUAUGUUGGAUCUCAUAGAGAUACCACUUCAACAAGCAGGCAUUGGGUAUGUCAGAUUGGAUGGUAAAUUGGCACAAAAACAAAGAGAAGCAAAUAUUAAAAAAUUCAAAGAGGAAGGAUCGAUCAAAGUAUUUUUGAUAUCGAUGAAAGCUGGAGGACUUGGUCUUAAUCUAGUAGUUGCCUCUCAUGUCUUUUUAUUAGAUCCUUGGUGGAAUCCUGCAACCGAGGAACAAGCAAUCGAUCGUGUCUACAGAAUCGGACAAAACAAAAAUGUCAACGUCACUCGAUUUGUUAUUAAAAACUCUAUCGAGGAAAGAAUACUUAAACUACAACAAAACAAAAAGAAUUUGGCUCAAGAUACUCUUCAAAUGAAGAAACAAAUUAGAAUUGAAGAACUUAAAAUGUUAUUUGAUGAAUAA